CAUCUAUUCUCUCUUCAUCUUCUGCUCCCUCUUUUUUUAUUUUUUUUUUAUUUUGUUGUUAAUUGACAACAAUCAAUCCAACAAGGGCAUCUGAGGAGCAAGGAUUUAAGAUCAGGAUCAGCUGCAUUAAUAUAGUACAUCUAUUAAGCUUUGUCUUCUUCCCCUCCCCAUCUCUCUAUCGUUCUUCCAUCUCAUGGCUAUCAACAUUACACGGUGGACCCUUGGCCUCUUGAUGCUUUUGAGCAUCUUGCCAUCUGUCUUUGGUAUUUACUUUUACCUCGAAGGAGCAGAACAAAAGUGCUUUACUGAAGAAUUACCCAAAGAGACCGUGGUCACAGGUGUUUAUACUGCUGAGGAAUGGAAUGAGGCACAACAAAAGUUUGUUGUCAAUAAGGAGCUUCAGUUGGAAGUCAUUGUUGAGGAAAUGCCUGAUGGUAACAGAAUUCAUAGUCAAAAGUUACCUCCAAAGGGCAAGUUCAAGUUUACGUCUGCAGAAUCUGGACAGCAUAACAUCUGUCUUUUUGCUUCAACUGCUGGUUGGUUCAGCUCCACCAAGAUUCGAUUGAAUUUAGACUUGGCUGUUCGUGACUUGAGUGAAGAAAGCGAUCUUGGAGAAGGAACCUUGAGUGAAUUGGCGCAGCGUGUCCGUGAAUUGAACUACAAGGUGUCUGAUAUCCGAAUUGAGCAGUCUUAUCAUCGCGAUCAUGAAAGAGAGUUCCGCGAUGUAAGCGAGAGGACCAAUUCGCGUACUGUGACCUGGACCAUUGUUCAACUUGUUGUCUUGGGUAUCACCUGCACUAUUCAAUUGCGCUCACUUCGCAAGUUCUUUGAGACUAAGAAGUUGGUUUAAAAGGAAAAAAAAAAAAAAGGGGGGG